AUGGCAAACAUUGUCCGACCAGCAGUGACUCACACUGACACCAGUCCUAUCGAAACACACACAAACACACCGACAUCUGAAAUUGCCACACCCCUCUCCCCUAUCACUAUCGGCCUCGUCUGUGGUCUGGGUGGAUGCGGCAUCCUCGGCUUCUUCAUCUGGGCGAUUGUUUACUUCCGAUGGUUCAAGCCGAUUGAGAUGCGGAUCAAGGAGGGAGGAGCACGAGACUACAACACACCCACGGCCGAGCGGAAUAAAAAUAAGAACAGGAACAGCACAAUUACGAACGUAACACAGGGUAUAUUCGCACACAACGCAACCGGUAUUUCAACGGGAAGGCCGUCUACAGAUGGAGAUGUCUACCCUUCUAUAGGUAUGGCAGUCAAUACUGCUCUCGAAAGGGAAAUUCUUGACAUUCUAGAGGCGGAAGUUGAUACUAUACGGCGGUGUCGGGGAUUGGGCUCAGGGCUUGUAUGA